GAUAAAGCAGUAAUAAAUCUUUAUUAAGUAUGAAUUUGGCGUGUAAUACGAUUUGUAACAUGUAUGGGUUAUGAGUAGUUAACACUUAAUUAAGCCUUAAUUAAACCUUAAUCAGACUUAAUUAUUUAUUUGUUUCAUGGAAAUUACGUAAGACUAAUAAAGAUAAGUAGACUCAUAUUCAUUAUCCUUUAAACAAACUAUGACUAGGUUUAUCCUAAUUCAGGCUGUAAAAAGCCUGUUUCUACUCAUCAACUUUUAAAUUCAAAUAAAUUAGCAAUAAUGAUUAUGUGAUUGAGUAAGCAAAAUGAUUGGAAAAAGAUAUGCUUGUAGAUUUAACCAAAACUAACAUACGUCCAUUACAAUGAUCAGAAACGUCUACUUAAACUUAGAAGGUUAACUUUGAGAUAAUGUCCAUUUUGACUUAGAUUGUUUAAAGCUUUAUUCGAUUUUUCAACCUAUGAAGAUUAAUUUGACUUUGCAAUUUUUUGUAUUAAAUUUAAAAAGAAAUUGGAGUGUUUCUUUGAAGUACACUUUCAAAAUAUGUCUAGAAUAAUGGACGCAUAAGAGUCCGGAUGGGUCUAAGCUUCGUUAUUUGUACAAAAUAUUAAAAAUGUCCACUCUCCAAGGUUCAUAUCUAGACAAAAAUUUAUUGCACCAUUCGGCUUGCUAUCCGCAUAUUAGAUUAGAAAUAAAUAGAAAGUCUAUUGAUCAUUAAUAUGCUAAGUAUAAGUCGAUAGAUUGAAUAAAAAAAGGUUAGUCGGUUUGUCUUUUUCCAUUUAUUACAGUAAUGCUUCAGUUGAAAUACACAUUAUCAUCAUAACAGCUGUUUUCUGUACUAUGCGUGUUCCAGAUGUAUACACAUGUCGUACAAAUAUAUUGAUCUCGACCUAAUCUUUACGAAAGACCGAAUCCUUAUACAUAACAACACGGGGAUUGUUAUACAAUCAUGUAGUUUUUAACUAUGUGGAAACUGAUAAGUCGCUAUUAUAAAUGUGUGUAGGUCACAAACGUCGUUUAUCAUGUUAUAACGGAAUGAUUACUUCGUUCUUUUGUUUUGCUUCAUAGCUAAGAUAGUAGCAAAGGUUUGUUAAACGACCCAAGAGUAUCUUCAUCGCCAAAAUAAAAAUUAAAUUUCAGUGAUUUUGAAAUCGUUCAUAAAUAUUUAAUUAAAUAAGUUAUAAUUUUAUCAUUCUCCGCAUUAUUCAACAAAGCUUCCAGCCUAACAGGCUCAUUAUCAGACACUGCAUCGAGGUGACUUGGAGUAGGCGAAUUACUAACUUGGGCCACAUGUUGGAAUCAGUUCGUCCAAUGCGACACGUUCAGAUAUUUCUCAUCGAAAUCCACAUUACUGAAAAUUAAAAGCUUUAAUUUGACUGUAGGCAAGUCUCCAAGUGAGGUUUAUUCAAGUAAAUAUAUUGUUGUACCCUGAAAGCUUGUUAUUGUGCAUAUAUUCCUGAAAUGUCAGCAUACCCAAGAGUGUAUGUCAAACAUCUUGGAUUGCAGUACGAUUGCUGAUUUUACGAACAUAAUCAACGUUAGAACUCUUCUCUGCAAGAUGCUUGUUGAUAUCAAAUGUAACCUAUUCUGAGUAUCUCACGAAGAAACACGAGAAAAGUCUUUGUCUUCCGCAUCUUCAAUUAAAAUGUCAGGGAAUGGAUCUGCAGAUCAACAAUGUAAUAAUUAUAAUAAAGAUGAAGCAGUUAAGUUACCUAUGUUAAUGCCAUGUCUUGACACUGUAUGUGUACCUAAAGUAGAGCCGUGUUAUAAUAGAACGUCUGAUUCGAAUGAAGAUGAAUCGAACAUUGAUAAAUUAAUUACAUCAUCAAUUCAUUUUACUACACCUUACAAAGUUAAGGAUCCUAUUAUCUUACUUGAGAAGUGUGAUAAAAUAUGGGAGACAUUAAAAUUAAUAAAAACUGUACAAAAUGAUAAAAGCAGUAAUACAUUGAAAUCAUUAUCAGUGGAGAAUACAAAUGCAAAAUCAUACAUUAAGUACCAACCAGUAUUAAGUAAUAACAAUGCUGCAUUACCAAACUUCAAAUUGUCUGUAAAAAGUACCAGAAAAUUAUAUCCUUGUGUUACUUGUGGAAAAAUAUAUUUUGAAAGACGAAGGUUAGGCCAUCAUUCAGAAAAAAUACAUGGUAUUUUAAUAGCAACUUUAAGAAGUAAAAAGUCUAUUACACAUAAAAACAGUAUUGAUACAGAAAAAGAAUCUAGUACCAGUAAAACAGAACAAAACUCUCUUAAAAAAUUUAAUGUAAAAAAAAAUCAAUGUAAACAAGUUAAAGAUUCUUCAUCGCAUUCUGUGACAUCACGUGUGACUGAAUCUAAUAGUGGUAAUACUUCAAAUUUUCAGUCACAAGCAAGAAAGAAAGAUAAUGUAAUUAACACUAAAGACAGUUUAACAGAUAAAGGAAAUGUACGAAAGGACCAAAAGAAAGGAGUAUCACAUAAAGAAUUAACUCAAAAUAGAACAUCAGUGUCAUUACAUGAUGAAUCAUCUUCACAGCAGCAGUGUAUUCUGUGUAAAAAGUUCGUAAAAGAUGUAAGGAAACAUUUAGUUGAUUACCAUAAAAUUGACUGUUCUGGUCCUAUGUUAAAAGAACUGGAAAAAUCUUCAGCUAUGUUAACAGAUAACAAGGUGAAAAGAGAUAAUGUUAAUAAUAAAUACUUAGAAAGUAGCCUUAAUACAAAUGAUAAGCAGCAGUUCCAAAAAAAUGGAAAGCGAAAAUUGAAUUUAUCAGAAACAGUUCAUAAAAAGAGAUAUAAAAUUAAUGGUAAUAAUUAUCAAGAAACAAAAUUUUUACAGAGCAGUAAAUUCUUAUGUGAAAUUUGUUUAGAACUUUGUAGACCUAAUAGUUUUAGGAAACAUGUAACUGCGCAUCAUAUGCGUGGUGAAACAAAAGAAAAUUUUCAGUUAAUGAAUUGUAACUACUUCAAUUCUUCACUAUCCAGCAAACAAAAUAUUAAUGAAAAACAAAAAUGUUCAUCUCUUGAAAAUACUAAUGCUUGCAAAGACAGAAAUGUAAAUGGUUCAAUUAAUUUAUUGAAAGAUAAGAAAAUAAAUGAGCAAAAAUUUAAAAACAGAAGAGAAUUUUAUAUGAGGAGUAAAUCUAAACAUGAUACUACUUGUUUUUGUGGAAGACAAUUUCGUGAUCCUUAUACAUUAUAUUUACAUAAAAGCAAAUGUUACUUAGUAACUGGUGAAACAGAACAGCAUACUACAAAAAAUAAGAGAGAAACAGUUCCAAAUGUUACAGGAAGUGACACUGACAGAGAUUCAAGAUUUGGAAUUAGCAUAAAAAUAAAGAGAAGAAAUGAUUCUUCCUAUGAGAUUGUUCGUAGAGAAUCAGACAAUGGAAAAAGUUUGCAGGAUUCUACAUGUUCAAGAGAUACAGAAUUAGCAUCAAAUUCUAUUGAAAAUAUUGCUGUUACAGAUCAACAGGAACAGCAAUAUGAAAUUACAGAAUCAUCUAAAUAUAGUGAAAAUCACAGUUUUUUGAAAAUUCAACAUGUUGAUGAAGAUAUGGAUAUUGAUAUUGAAGGUGAUUCGCAAAAUGGUUCCAUUAUUAGUAAUAUUACUAAUAAACAUCCGACAAGUGAAAUAAUAAACGAUUCUCACGAGAAGCAGCAAGAGAAUGAAACAAAAACAAAAGAUACAAGGUCGAGUCAAAUAAUUUCUGAUGUAAAAAAUUCACUCAAAAAAGUUCUUCAAACACAAAAAUGUGAAAAGUAUGAUAAUGUUGAAUCAGAUACAAGUGUUAAACAUAAUCUUUGUAUUUGUGGAACUUUGUUUGAUACUAAGAAAGCUCUUGAUUUCCAUAUUAUGAAACAUCAAUUACGUUCACAAUUAGUAUGUGGUUAUUGUAAUGAAAAGUUUAGUGAUAUCACUAAAUGGAAGGCUCAUCAAUGUACUGUUACAAAAUUUAAGAUAUUUCAUGAUGUACCUGUAGAAUUAGAUUGUCAUUAUUGUAAUGCAACAUUAAAUUCUUAUACAAAAUUUGAUGCCCAUAUGAAGCUUCAACAUUUUGAUCCUGUACUACCAUUUGAAUGUUUUCAUUGUGAAAAACGCUUUUCUAGUUCUACAAUUCGAAGAAAUCAUAUCAAGGCAGAACAUGAAAAAAUUGUUUGUUUUAUAUGUAAAAUGGAAUAUCUUCAUAAUAUGAAAACCAGACAUGAAGGAUAUCAUUAUGGUCUUGGAUAUCCUUGUCACAUGUGUAAAAAAACCUAUUCUUCUAGUUAUAUUUUAUCAAAACAUAUAAAAAAUAUUCAUCCUAAACAGUUUAAGAUGAUGUAAUAUGUAGUUUUUGUCACUCAUCAUUUAUUAAUGAGACACCUUGAAAGCAUAAAUCGUUUAAUUUAAGAAAAGUAUGUACCUAAUAAAAUCGGUUAUAAUGAUAGUUUUAAUC